AUGCUAGAACCGCACACACGACGUAUACGCAAUAUUCGCAUCAAUCAUCCGGCAGCGCGUCCACUCGCCUCGACGCACCAAUUCCAACUGGCACACAGCGCGACUUUGGAUGCUGAUGGCUCCGAUUCGGGCUCGGAUUCGGACUCGCAUUCGGAGUGGCAUGCAACUCGUGGCACUGGGCCACUGGCACACGUCCGCAGGACGCAGGCGCCCGGAGAGAGCCGCAUCCUUUGGCCCACAGACGGUGUGAAAUCAACAAUGUUCCUGUUUCGAGAGCGGUUUAUCUGCGUCGUGAUCCUAUUCCUGUCCCCAUUCUCCGUCAGAGCCUGGGAUUAUUGUCAGGAGCACUGGUGUCCCCGUUCCGACGACCAUGUGGCAUGCAACAACAAUGGCAGUUUUGGAACCGAGUGCGGUAACGAGGCCAGGUUAAUACCACUGAGCAGUGGGAUGCGCCAGUUUAUCGUCAAUCAGGUGAACUUCUAUCGCAAUCAGGUGGCAUCUGGUGAUUUCUCCGGCUUCCAAGCCGCCCACCGGAUGGCCAGUGUUCGCUGGGAUCCAGAGCUGGCUAAGUUGGCGGAACUGGCGGCCAAAAGGUGUAGCCUCUCGGGUGACGGGUGUCGCAACACCAGGCGCUUCAAGCACGUGGGUCAACUGACUGGACACGUGAUCUUCAGCGUCGGACGGCACAGCGAUCUCGAGUUGCUGGGCUACAAGAUCUCCAACUGGUUUGGCCAGUACAAAAGGGCCACCAAGGAGCUGGGAGAAGCCGAUCCGGCAAGUGACAUCACCAGUUUCCGCCAGUUGAUGCAGGAGCGGGCCACCCACAUGGGAUGCGCAGUGCUCCGGCAGCGAAGUGACGAGCGCUGGCACCAGCAGUUCAUCGUCUGCAACUUUGCACGCGAGAAUGUUGCUGGGGAACCGGCCUACGAGGUGGGUCUUCUAUCCGGCAGCGGUUGCCUGGCGGGACGCAAUCCUCGCUAUCCGAAUCUCUGCUCCCUGGAGGAGCACUACGAUGUGAACGCCGUCGACCGCUUCCACAUCAAGCCACCGCUGAGGAUCAAGUUGAAGUACAGUGGACCCCAGGGCUCAAAGGCUGUUCCUGGGUUGGCCUACCAUCUCAACAUUAAGUUGCCUUUUUUUUAACACCUUUAUUCCAAUGGUAUUUUUACUAAGAUAUAUUCAAAAUCUAAUCUAUAUUUACUAAAUAUAUAAAAAUUAAAUAAACUCGCUCACCAAUA